AUGGAGGAACUCCCCGGAUAUGACAAAGACUACGUGAGGGAAGAAGACAUCGAGGCCUUCGAAGAUGCCCUCUCUGAAGACGAUACUUUAUGUGUCAGUCUUAAUUCAAGCGCAUCUCUGGUGUUACUUACCGACACCACGGCUGGCACUUCCUCAUCAGCAAGUAAUCGAAUAAUGUCAACCAACGACUGGACCCCAAUAUAUGAAAAACUCGACCAUGGGUUGAGAAACCGAAAGAAAGAUCAUCACCGAGAUGGUUCGAAUCAUUCAUCAUCUCAUAAAAGCCAUGCGGCAUCUCAACGGCUUCGAAAGGCAAAUAAACCAGAUAUCUUUAGCAAUAGUAUCUCUUACAAGCUAUUUCGCUGGCCGAUUUUGAUCUUUGCUCUUUGGUGGAUCUCGUGCCUUUUCACCUUCUAUCUCAUGGUGAGAAUGGCGGUGGCAUUUUCGGAAUUCAUCUUGACGUGGAGAGGGGAUAAAAAGGGACUUCGUGAGAAACUCCGUAACUCCCAGAAUUAUCAAGAAUGGGUAGAAAAUGCUAAAAAAUUGGAUAGUACUUUUGGGCUUGAUCAGUGGAGAAAAGACCCGGUAUUCUAUUAUUACGAUUAUCGAACCCUUGCGAAAACCAUCAAGAAUUUGCGCAGUCUGACCAACGAUUGCGAUAUCGAGCAAUGUAUGGUGGUGCUACAAAAUUGCUUGAAGUCGAAUUUUGCGGGGAUCGAGAACCCCAUCAUGUAUUCCCAGACGUAUUAUGGCACGAAAUACUUGAUCGAAACUUAUCGGAAACAAGUAAUGGAAUCGUUGCGGUUCAUUUCCGCUAGUGAUAAAGUGUCAGUUGAACGGAAGUACCGGUUCUUCAAAACCGUGUAUUUUCUAUUUGGAAGAUCAGCCCUUUGCCUUUCGGGAGGCGCCUGUUUUGCGUAUACUCACUUUGGACUCAUCAAAGCGCUUGUCGAGAAUGAUUUGUUACCGGAAAUCAUUUCUGGCACCAGUGGCGGCAGUUUAGUCGCGGCGUUGGCGUGUACCAGAACCAACGAGGAGUUGAAAAAAUUACUCGUGCCUGCCCUCGCUUACAAGAUCACCGCUUGUGAGGAUUCUUUGUUUACGUGGUUUCCUCGAUGGUGGCGCACUAGCGCGAGGUUUGACCCGGUUGAUUGGGCAAGAAAAUCGCAAUUCUUCACCAUGGGGAGUAUGACGUUCCAAGAAGUGUACGAUCGCACUGGCAAGAUCCUCAACGUUUCUACGGUGCCCUCGGAUCCUCAUUCGCCAGUGAUUCUUUGUAAUCACAUUACCAGCCCUGAUUGUGUCGUAUGGAGUGCGUUACUUGCAUCAUCCUCGGUUCCUGGGAUCCUCCCGCCGAUUAUCUUGAUGACCAAGGACAAGCACACUGCCGAUAUCGUGCCGUUCAGCUUUGGUAGCAAAUGGAAAGACGGGAGCCUUCGAACCGAUAUCCCAGUAGAAGAAUUGAACAAGUAUUUCAACGUGACGUUUUCGGUGGUUUCUCAAGUGAAUCCCCAUAUUUCGUUCUUUUUCUUCGCGCCCAAAGGGGCGGUGGGUAGACCAGUAUCCCGUCGUCACGCUACAGGAUUACGAGGAGGGUUUGUGGGGUCAGCGGUAGAGAAUUUCUUGAAGUUGGAAAUCAGGAAAUGGCUCAAGUUCCUAAAAGGACUUUCCCUCUUCCCACGAUUGUUGGACCAAGAUUGGUCGAACGUGUGGCUUCAGAGAUUCACUGGGACCAUCACGGUGUGGCCAAAGAUGUCAAUUUCUGAUUUUUGGUAUAUUUUGUCUGAUCCGACCCCAAAAAGAUUGGAAGGGAUGAUUAGAAAAGGGGAGAUGGUGGCGUAUCCGAAACUUUUAUUUUUGAAAAAUCGAUUAGAUAUAGAAAGACUCAUUUCCCAAGGAUUACAUGAUGCAAAACUUGAGUAUUUCCAAACAGUAUCUUCGGAAAUACGAGAAUCUGAAGAUAGUGAAAUUUCUGGGAAUUUGAACUCUCAAUCUUUGACUCAUUCUUUUGGAGAAGGAUUGGAAUUUUCGGUGAUGACGGGACACGACGACGAUGAUGGGCUGGAAUAUUUACCUGAAGAUUUACUGGAUGGAGAGAAAAUUUCCGGGAGUAGUGAUUCUGAUUAUUCUAUAACUACAACAUCACCAUGA